UGCUGUCAAAGCCGUAUGUUUAUUUCGACAAAUGUCAAUGUCAAGAAUUUUAAAAAGAAGCGCUUACUACAAAAAUUUAUAGUUUCUGUGUUUUAAAUAAUUAAUACAAUACAAUUUAUGUUCGAUUAUCUAAAACAAAAUAUCAAACAUGUUUGCAUUUCAUUUAAGGCAGAUUUAUCGCACAUGUGACAAAGCCAUUAUACGUACCCUUAGAAAUAAGAGGUUAGAACCUAAAAGUGCUAAUCCAGGUUUAAGCCAUCAAAUAAAAGCUUAUGAGAAAGACGGUCUUCGUGUAAAAGAAGAAAAUUUAGAAGAAUUCGUUGAGUCGUCUGAGAGUGACUUUUACAAUGUCGGACAAGUUUACGAUGACCACAUGAAUGAAACUUUAAUGGGUAAAUAUGAGCUCCGUCAUCGCAUUGUUAAGGAAAAGUACUUCAAAGAGAACAUGCCGAACUUGUUGACUUGGAGUGAGAAGGAACAAAUACGGCAUUUGGCUAAUACAGAACCAGAUGAGUGGACACCGGAGAAAAUAGCUGAGAGCUUUCCUGUCACAGUACCUGUUGUAAAGAAACUACUUAAGUAUCCAUGGAAACCAGCUACAGCAGAACGCAUCGCACGUCACGACGCGUCUGUCAUGAGAAAUUGGAAAGAGUUGAAAGAAGGCACAUCAAGCAUGCCGCCAGAAAUUCAAAAACAUUUCCUUAAAUUCUCAAACAGGUCGAUACCUCCAUUAAAACAAGAGUCUAUAAAAAUUGAUAUCACACCAAGUCAAGAUCUUGGCGAAUUUGAGAGGAUAAUCCGAAAAUGUGCAGAAAAGGAAACUGACGCUUCUGCAAAUAAGAAUGAAAAUAUACUUGCGAAAUUAAAUGCAGAAUCCUCUGAUGGUGAUGAAAAGUUUAUACAGAGUAAAAAGAAAGACUCCAAGGUAGUAACAUUAGAAGAACUCACUAUGCGAAUAAAAAAAAGACUAGAUAAAGGUCGAGAGGUAGAUAUUAAUGACCAAAUGAUAGCAGGUUCGGUUAACACAGAGAAGAAAGCUGUUAAUGUAAGUAUGGUCAAUGAAAUGGAAGUAUUCAAUGAUAAAUAUGAGGAAAGUGGUGUUGUAGAGUUUAAGAAUAAAGCUGAGGACCCAAAAGAAAUCAUGAAUUACCCUGAAAGAAUUAGAAUCCCAAAGAAAGCUUACAAGAAAGGGGCAACAUACAAAGUUAAUGAUUGCUUUUAUGAUCAUGAUGGCAAGUUUUUAUAUAGAGUUUUAGGUAUGUCUUAAGAUAUAAUGUAUUAGUUUAGGUGAUAAAUAAAACAGUUGAUAUUGAAGC